AUGACUCACGUUACUUGUGGAGGAUUCACUGAUCCUAGACCAGCCACUGAGGAGAUUCAGGAGAUCUGUGAUGAGGUGAAAGGCCAAGUGGAGGAAAGAACAAAGAAGAAGUAUGAGAUAUUCAGAGCCCUUCAAUACAGGAGCCAAGUCGUGGAAGGAACUAACUAUCUCAUUAAGAUUCAUGCUGGAGGAUUCUCUUAUCUUCAUGUGAUGGUGUUUGAAGCUCUGCCGUGUUAUGGAGGAGAGAAAUCAGUGACUGGUGUGCAACAAGGACACACCAGUCAAGAUGAUCUUAAACCAUUUGGAAUGUGAUCACAGACUGAUCACUGUCUCCAGGCCACUGCCUCAAUGAUGUUGUUAUCCUGAAAGAAUUUAACACAAUAUUAAUUUCCAGUAAU